AUGGGGCCGCGCCGCUGGCCGCUGCUCUGGGGCGUCCACGCGGUGCUGCUCCACGUCACGGUGCUCACGGCGGGGCAGCGCCCGCAGGAGAGACCCCCGCGGCCGGCAGGGUGGUCGCCGGGCGCCUCGUCCUCGUGGGCGCCCACGCUGGAGCCGGGAGCGCCGGGGGACGCCGAGGGCUCGGCGGCAGCGCUGGCGUUCCUGCGGACGGGCGAUGCCCAGCGCCUGGCCCGGGCCAACUGCAGCGGGGGGGUCGCGGCGGGACCCCCCGGCCCGGGGCCCCCCCCGGCCCUGCGAGCCGCCCUCCGGGCCGCCCCCGAGGCGCUGGCACACACCGCCAACUUCCUCAACAUGCUCUUCCAGACCAACGACAUCCGCGAGGCCAGCGUGGCCGAGGACGUGGAGUGGUACCAGGCGCUGGUCCGCAGCCUGGCCGAGGGGCACCCGUGGGUGCGCCGGGCGGUGCUGGCCCUCGACGCGCACCCGCUGGCCCCCAAGCCCCGGCUGAUGCUCCAGGCCACCAAGGGGGACGGGCAGAUCCUGCUGCAGGACGUGUCGGCCUCCGCCCCCAGCCUGGGCAACCUCAGCUGGGACAACGAGUGGUUCAACACCCUCAAGUCCCAGCGGACCCCCCAGCUCCGCAAGCGUGUGCUCAGCAACGACCUGCGCAGCAUGGAGACCCCCAAGUGGCAGCGGGGGGACAGCUACGUGGGGGACCCGGGCCACGUGAGGUGGUCGCCGCCAUUCCUGGAGUGCCGGGACGGCAGAUUCCUGCCCGCCUGGGCGGUCACGCUCUCCUCCGCCUUCUACGGGCUCAAGCCGGACCUCAGCCCCGAGUUCAAGGGUGUGGUGCGGGUGGACGUGGAGCUGCGGGACGUGGCCAUCGACCAGUGCGCCAGCGGGCCGGGCUGGUUCUCGGACACACAUCACUGUGACCUCAACAGCACCCAGUGUGUCCCCCAGGAGAGCCGUGGCUUCGUCCUCGGGAGGUACCUGUGCCAGUGCAAGCCGGGCUUUUACGGGGCUGGUGGAGUGGCCAGCGGUGCCUGGGCAGGGUCGGACGGGGGGUCCCGCCUGGCGUGCUGGCCCUGCCGCCCGGGCUGUGCCACCUGCGAGGAUGACAGGCCGUGCCUGAUCCAGGAGGACCCGGUGCUGCGGGCGGCCGUGCUGUCGUGCCAGACCUGCUGCAUGCUGGCCAUCUUCCUCAGCAUGCUCAUCUCCUACCACUUCAGGCGGAGCAAGGCAAGGUGUCCCCAAGGAAUUAUCCUGCUGGAGACCAUCCUCUUUGGAUCCCUCCUCCUCUACUUCCCCGUGUUCAUCCUGUACUUCAAGCCGAGCAUCUUCCGCUGCAUCGUCCUGCGCUGGGUGCGGAUGCUCGGCUUCGCCACCGUCUACGGCACCAUCACCCUCAAGCUGUACAGGGUGCUGAAGGUGUUCCUGUCCCGCUCGGCCCAGCGGGCGCCCUACGUGUCGAGCGGGCGGGUGCUGAAGAUGCUGGCGCCCAUCCUGCUCCUGGUGCUGUGGUUCCUGGCGGCCUGGACCAUCGGGAUGCUGGAGAACGUCAACAGGAACAUCCCGCUGGUGAUCCGCACCCAGACCACCCACGGGCUCCACUUCUACAUCUGCGGCCACGACUGCUGGGACUACAUGAUGGUCAUCGCCGAGAUGCUGUUCCUGCUGUGGGGCAGCUUCCUGUGCUACGCCACCCGUGCCGUGCCCUCCGCCUUCCACGAGCCCCGCUACAUGGGCAUCGCCCUCCACAACGAGCUCAUGAUCUCUGCUGCCUUCCACGUGGUCAGGUUCCUCAUCAUCCCUUCCCUGCAUCCUGACUGGACUCUGCUCCUCUUCUUUGCUCACACCCACGGCACCAUCACCAUGACCCUGGCCCUGCUCUUCAUCCCCAAGUUCCUGCACACGGGCUCUCCGCUGCGGGAGGAGAUCACGGCCGAGGUGUACGAGGACGAGCUGGACAUGCGGCGCUCGGGCUCCUGCAUGAACAGCAGCAUCGCGUCCGCCUGGAGCGAGCACAGUCUCGACCCCGAUGACAUUCGGGAGGAGCUGAAGAAGCUCUACCGGCAGCUGGAGGUGCACAAGACGUGGGGAAUGGCGGCCAACAACCCCCACCUGCCCAGGAAGCGCAGCUCCCGCCGCAGCCUCGCCCGCUCCAUCCUGCGCCGCGGGGCCGACCUGGCCGAGGCCUCGUCCCGCCGGAGCAGCGCCGGGGACCGGGGCAGCACCCUGGGCCGCCGUGGCUCCUCCGCCAGGACCAGGGCGCGGGACGAGGGGUCCCGGCGCCGCCCCUCCGCCCUGCGCCAGUCCCGCAGCUCCGAGGGGCCCCCCCGAGGGCCGCCCACCCCCAGCACCCUCCCCGCCGAGGAGCCCUCGCCGGCGACGGAGGUGACCCUGGAGCAAUCCGACAGCGACUCGCUGGACGCCGCCCCGCUGGUGUGCAAGUCGGCCAGCGCCCAGAACCUGUCGGGGCACUGGCAGAGGCUCCCGGCCCGGGCGCCCCCCCUGCAGAAGUCGCACAGCGUUGUCACCGGGGCGCGGGAGGAGGCCCUGCUGGCCGCCAGCAGGGCCGCCCGGGAGGGGUGGCACAGCAGCAGGCACCUCUCAGCCCCGGCCUCGCGGCACCCCCCAGGCCACGCGCCCCCCAGGGACACCGGGAGGGCCAAAGUGCCCGCCAAGAGCUGCUCCCAGGGGGACGCGUCCCCCCCGGGCGAUGCCAAGGUGCAGAAACGCGUCACCUACGCGCCCGUCAAGAGCGUCAGCAUCGACGGCGCCCGCCCGCCCAGGAAGGUGCGGGUGGCCGUGAGGAAAACGCCCCCCGCGCCCCCCGUCCGCUACGAGAGCCUGGGGAGGCGCUCGGGGCCAGCUGGGGACCCCCUGGAGCCGGCGGAGCCACCACGGGACCCCCCGGCACCGGCGGGGGAGCCGGGACACGCGUCAUCCCCCAUGGGUCUGCUGACCCCACCCCCCUUCUCAGCACAGGUCUGUCCCUGGGAGAUGAUCCAGGACGAGAUCCUGAGCAGGAAACAAAAAUCCGCCGAGGCAGCAGACUCGGGGACCCCCGGUGACACCGAGCCCACCGACCCCGAGCCCAGGCCGCGCCCUGCGAGGACCUUCCGGACUCUGGGCCUCGCCAUCAAAGCCCUGAACCGCUCCAGGGGCAAGGGCAGCCUCAGGGGGAAGAGGGAGAGCGAGGGGAGCUUCAGGAAGAGGGGGAGCAGCAGGAGGGAGAAGCCCAUCCUGGCAGGGGCCUUGGCCGUGUCCCUGCCUGCCCCAAGCGCCGAGGGGGGCAGGCAGAGGCCCCAGCCCCUCACCCGUGGGCACACGGUCCCCUGCCAGCACAACAACAACGCUGCCACCCCCGGGGAAGCCACGGGCUGGGGGGACAGCGGGACAGGAGGACACUGGGACAGUCUGGCUCCAGGGACAGCAGGUGGGGACGAAGUGGCCGAGCAGCCCAGUGGGAAAACAGAGGUGGAGCCCCAGGAAGGGGAUGGGGCUCCUGGGGUGGAUUCAGGAAAGGAUGUUCCUGCAGUGGAUCCAGGGAAGGAUGCUCCUGCAGUCACACUGGAGGAAGGAACAGCCAAAGGGCUCCAGGGGACCAGCAGGCCCAUCCAGCCCCAGGACCACACCCAGGAGAAGGAGCAGCCACCUGCAAAGCCCACCCCAAGCAGCCCCCAGCCCUCCACCACCAGCGUGCAGAGAGAGGCCAGGGAGAAGCCGGGGGCUGAGGUUUUUCCCCCGGGAUCCCUUGGAAUCCCAGCAGGAAGGGCAGCCCUGCUGCGCCAAGAGGCCGUUGCUUCGCGGGAGGACUGGGCUGGCACUGGGGAACCUCCCCCCAGAGCUGCUCCCGGGAGCUCCGGGACUCCAGAAGUGCCCUGGAGGAGCUCCCGGGUCUCGGUGUGUCCCUGGGAGGCAGUGGGAGCUGACGGGGGUGCUGAAGUUUGCCCUUGGGAAAGGGGAACAGCCUCGUCCAACGCAGCUAAGUCAGGUGAUGGUGACAUCUCCCAAGGGAAAAGUGGGAUUUCCCCACAGGCAGCAGCCCCAGGGGGAGUGGGAGAGGCAGCUCUGGCUGCAGGCAAAGGGAGAGGGCAGCAGGGAUCCCCCAAAUCUGGAGAAGGUGAGGAGCAGCCUGGGAUGGGGCUCCCAGCUGUGCCCAAACCCUCAUCCCAGCAAGCUGGGUCCGUGGACAGCAAAAAGGCCACCAUCUGUCCGUGGGAAGUGGAGGAUGAGCCACAUCCUAAAACAGAAAUCUGCCCCUGGGAAGAGGCUGCAGCUCCAGCAGGGAAGGAGGCAUUGAGGCAGGACACCUCCAAAAGGGAAGGCAAACCAGGAUCCAGAGGAGUGGAAGACAGCAAAGCAAAGCUGGCAGAGAGGGGUGGGCGGCAGGCACAGCGCAGGGACACCGGGAUCUUCACAGAGCUCCUCAGGAAAAGCCUGGAAAAAGCCGAGUCCAAGAAAUCCCGGAGUAUGGAGAGCAUAAAGGAGGAGAUCUGUCCCUGGGAGAGCCUGGACACGGAGCAGACCCCAGCCAAACCCCACCCUGGGAGCACAGAGGCUGCAAAGAAAUCCCAGAGCAUGGAGAGCCUGGAGGCAGAGAUCUGUCCUUGGGAGGAUCAGGAGUCCAAAUCCAGUGACAGAGCAGAAAUCUGUCCUUGGGAAGGGGCUGAACCUCAGCUGGAGAAUGAGGCAGCUCCAGGGAAGGACAGAGUCCCACCAAAAGAAGCCUCCAAACCAUUGGAGAAGGGAAGCAGAGACCGAGAGUCCAUCUGUCCCUGGGAGAGCAUGGACAUGGAGCAGACCCCGGCCAAACCCCACCCUGGGAGCACAGAACCUGCAAAGAAAUCCCAGAGCACAGAGAGCCUGAAGGCAGAGAUCUGUCCUUGGGAGCCCAAAUCCAGUGACAAAGCAGAAAUCUGUCCCUGGGAAGGGGCUGAACCUCCCUGCCAGCAGCCAAAGGCAAAGCAGGUUUCCCAGGAGGGCUCCAGGGGGGACAAGCGCAUCACGCGCCAGGCAGCGCUGGCCAGCCUGGACAGACCCCCAGGGAAGGGCAGCAGUGACAGGGAGGCUGUGUGUCCCUGGGAGAGCCUGGGCACACAGGAACCCUCGGGAACAUCCAGUGUUGUGGGCACAGGGCUGGCCAAGUCACCUUCAGGGAAAUCCCAGAGCACGGAGAGCCUGAAGGCAGAGAUCUGUCCUUGGGAGGUCAAAUCCAGUGACAGAGCAGAAAUCUGUCCCUGGGACGGGGCUGAACCUCAGCUGGAGAGAGGGGCAGCUCCAGGGAAGGGCAGAGUCCCAUCAAAAGAAGUGGCCACCUCCAAACCAGUGGAGAAGGGGAGCAGAGACCAUGAGUCCAUCUGUCCCUGGGAGAGCAUGGACAUGGAGCAGAUCCCGGCCAAACCCCACCCUGGGAGCACAGAGCCUUCAAAGAAAUCCCAGAGCACGGAGAGCCUGAAAGCAGAGAUCUGUCCUUGGGAGGCCCAGGAGCCCAAAUCCAGUGACAAAGCUGAAAUCUGUCCCUGGGAGAGCACGGACACAGAGCAGAUUCCAUCCAAACCCCGUGCAGGGAGCGCAGAGGCUGCAAAGAAAUCCCAGAGCAAGGAGAGCCUGAAGGCAGAGAUCUGUCCUUGGGAGGAUCAGGAGUCCAAAUCCAGUGACAGAGCAGAAAUCUGUCCCUGGGAGAGCAGAGACACAGAGCACAUUCCAUCCAAACCCCACCCUGGGAGCACAGCACUGCCCAAAUCACCUUCAAAGAAAUCCCAGAGCACGGAGAGCCUGAAGGCAGAGAUCUGUCCUUGGGAGGCCCAGGAGCCCAAAUCCAGUGACAAAGCUGAAAUCUGUCCCUGGGAAGGGGCUGAACCUCAGAAGGAGAGAGGGGCAGCUCCAGGGAAGGGCAGAGUCCCACCAAAAGAAGUGGCCACCUCCAAACCAGUGGAGAAGGGAAGCAGAGACCGAGAGUCCAUCUGUCCCUGGGAGAGCAUGGACAUGGAGCAACCUCCUGCCAAAUCCCGCCCUGGGAGCACAGAGCCUGCAAAGAAAUCCCAGAGCAUGGAGAGCCUGAAGGCAGAGAUCUAUCCUUGGGAGGAUCAGGAGUCCAAAUCCAGUGACAGAGCAGAAAUCUGUCCCUGGGAGAGCAUGGACACAGAGGAUCCCUCCCUGAAAACUGGGAUGGAGAAGGAGCCAUCCAAGAAGUCCGACAGCACAGAGAGCAGGAAAUCUGAAAUCUGCCCCUGGGAAGCAGCAGAGCCCACGGGGUCAGAGAAGGAAAGCUCCAAAGCAGGUGUGCAUCCACAGGGAGCUGACAGAACAUCCCACCCUGGGAUGGGAAAGCCAAAGCCGGUGGCAGGAGCCAGUGUUGGGUCUCCAACAGUCCUGCUGCAAAAAUCCAAGGGCAGCUCUGAUGGGGAGGCCAAGCACAAGCCCCUGUGCCGCCUCCUGCCCGGCAUCCAGCCCCCAGGGGUGGGCAGCAGCUCCAGCCCUGGCACUGGCCUGGCUGAGGUUUGUCCCUGGGAAGCAGAAGAGGCUCCAUCAGCCCCUCCCAAGCCCAGCACAGACACGAGGAAAACCUCCCAGGUGUGUCCCUGGGAGGAGGAGAGUGUGGAUCCCACCCCGACCCAGCACGGCCAGGGCAGAGCCAGGGGGAGCCCCUGGGAUGGAGAGGGGGGUGAGAGGGAAACCCAGCCCCACGUGUGCCCCUGGGACCAGCAGUAGCUCCAUCCCCAGAUCCCAGUGCAGAUGUGGCUUUCAGGGAGGGAAAGGCUGGGGCUGGAGGCUGCUCCCACCCGCAGAGCCCCCAUGCUGGGGGUCUGUGCUGUGUAAGGACGUGUAAAUGUGAGGGUGUGUAAAUACAGUAAAUAAAGGGUGUUGUUACAGGG